ACAGCACAUAAGAAGACUGGAGAUCAAACAUGCAUACUUUGAGAAAUAUGAUGAUGAAUUGGUGGAGGUUUUGAAGAGUGAGCUGUCUGGUAAUUUUGAGAAGGCCAUUCUUGCCAUGUUGGAUCCUCCUCAUGUGUUUGCUGUUAAAGAGCUCAGGAAGGCCAUGAAGGGCGCUGGCACAGACGAGGAUGUCCUGGUGGAGAUUCUGUGCACUGCUACCAAUGCUGACAUUGCCACUUACAAAGAAACCUACACCUAUGUGCAUGACAGGGAUUUGGAGGCAGACAUUGAAGCAGACACCAGUGGGGAUGUUAGGAGACUACUAACACUGCUUCUCCAGGGUAACAGAGACGAGAGCUACGAGGUGGACGACGCACUGGCAGAGCAAGAUGCCGUCUCACUGUUUGAAGCUGGAGAGGGCUGCUUUGGCACAGAUGAGUCAACUUUCAGCUUCAUUCUGGCCACCAGGAACUACUUACAACUGCAGGCCACAUUCAAAGCUUACGAAGCCAUUUCUGGAACAGAGAUUUUGGAUGCAAUCGAUAAGGAAACCUCUGGAACUCUGAAGGACUGCUACACUAUGCUUGUGAGGUGUGCUAAGAACCCCCAGCUAUGCUUUGCCCGGAAGCUGAAUGCCGCUAUGAAAGGUGUCGGAACUGAUGAAGACACUCUCAUCCGCAUCAUCGUGUGUCGCUCAGAGAUUGAUCUGGAGACCAUUAAAGACAUGUACCUGGAGAAAUAUGAUGUGUCUCUGAAAGAUGCCAUCAGCUCAGAAUGUGGUGGAGAUUUCAAGCGCCUCCUGUUGGCCAUCCUUCACUGAGAGAAACACAAUCUGAGUGCUCAUCAUGGAACAAGGAGGCUUUCACUAUUUUAACAACCAAGGCAAACUAACAUGACUUAUUUUCUAUCCUAUUGUCUACAAACAUGUGUUGAUAAAACUUAGUUUAAAGUGGAAAAUUAGUAACACAAUCUUCAAGUACAAUAUGUUUAAUAUUAAUGUUUUAUUACACUGUGCAAAUAUGUAUUACGUAUAGGCCUAUAUUAUGAAGAUGUAUAACAGCACUCAAAAAUCUCAUGAGCAGCUGUCCUCACAAACAGAAACAUGCAUUUGUGUCCAGUUUCUGUGACAUUCCUUAUUCUCGAGGCAAAAUUGGCCAGUUGAAUUUGUUUAAGUGGAGUCUUGUGGUGUCCAGGAUUACAAGAUAACAUUGGUGCAUUAUGAUGAUUAGAAGUUGAGAAGUUAGAACACAAAUAAUAUAAAGCCAGCACUUUUAUUUUCUGUCCAGUAGCAGUCGUGAUACGCCGCCAGUAUUUUGCCACACUAAAACCUCACAUUUUUCCUGUUUUGCAAAAUGUGCAUGACAAUGUGAAUUCUGAAUAUGUAUGUGAAUGACUUUGUGAAGCAUGUAGAGAAAUGCUAAAAUUGCAAUGUGACAUUUACGGUCUGCAAAACAAUUGCUUAUC